AACACUAUACAGUCAUACUUAAAUUCGCCCAUCCGUGCCGGGGCCGUAGUGGCUGAGCUUCAUGCAAGAGAUCCAGAUCCAGGCUUGGAAGGGCAAAUCACCUACCGAUUUGAGUAUCCUGCUGACCAGCUGACACAAGACCGUAAAUUCUCGAUUAACGAGCAGACAGGAGUGGUUUCUGCACUGACACCUCUCACAGCACAAGAUGGACCGUUUGAUUUGCUGGUGAUUGCCGAGGAUCAGAGUACGGUAUUCAAGAGAAAGACAUCCGCCAUACUGCACAUCGAAAUCGUUGGCGACACUUCGUUACGCUUCCUUCCACUGCCGUCGACCAUUUACAUCUCCACCGAGAAAGCCGUCGGAAGUGUCGUGCUGAGAGCGUCCGCGUUCACCAGCUCCGCUCUGCCCGUUCAUUUCCGGAUUCUAGAAAACGAGUCACAAUUUGUUAUGGAUGGAGAUCUGCUUCGAGUGAGUCCCAACAGCUCCCUAGAACUGAUCGGUCAGACUUCAUGGCGAUUAUUUACAGGUAGCGAACCAUCUUACUCCCGGUGA